AUGGAGGGCCUAAUUGCUAUCAUUUUUCUAUGCUUUGUUGCCUCGCCUUUCUUCCCUGAAACAAUAACAGCUCAACCUGGUCCUAUCUUCAAUGUGCUUGAUUUUGGUGCUGCAGGAGACGGCAAAACUGAUGAUUCCCAAGCUUUUCUCAAAGCAUGGACGAAUGUCUGUAACUCAACCCAAGGCAAGCCCUCGACCCUCUUAAUACCUGAAGGCAAAACCUUCAUGUUGCAACCUGUGCUUUUUCAGGGUCCUUGCAAGCCUUCAUCCAUUUAUUUCUGGAUUAAUGGGACCAUAAUUGCUCCUGCAAGUGUCAAUGCUUGGAAAUGGCCAGACGAUGAUAUGGACGCAUGGAUUCGAUUCUUAGAGGUAUAUAGACUUCAUGUGCGUGGAAAUGGUACUUUUGAUGGCCAAGGUGCUCCGUGGUGGGACUGUUUUGCCAAGAACCAAUGUCAAAGGCCGCAGGCUUUGAGUUUUCACAAGUGUGCUUCUUUGGAACUUGUGGGGUUUCGUGUGGUCAACAGUCCAGGUGGUCAUAUAAGCGUGGACGAUUGCCAGGGUUCCAAUAUAUCCAAUGUGCGCCUUGAUGCCCCUCAGGAUAGCCCUAACACUGACGGCAUUGAUAUAGCAAAUUCAUCCAACGUUGUUGUUGCACAUUCUUCCAUGCAACUUGGUGAUGAUUGCAUCGCCAUCGAUGGAGGUUCAUCCUUCAUCAACAUUACCGGUAUUUUUUGUGGGCCUGGUCACGGCAUAAGCAUUGGAAGCCUGGGAAAAGAUGGAAGUUAUGCCCAAGUGGAAGAGAUCCAUGUCCGAAACUGUACCUUCACAAGAACUUCAAAUGGAGCAAGAAUCAAGACAUGGAAGGGAGGAUCCGGGUUUGCCAGAAAGAUCACAUUUGAGGACAUGAUACUGGUAGAAGCUCAACACCCGGUGAUUAUCGACCAGAAUUAUAGAGCUUAUUCUCCGAAGGAUGACGACAACAAAGCAGUGAAGGUAAGCGACGUAACAUUUAGGAAUUUUCAAGGAACUGCGGCAAGUGAGAAUGCGAUCCAAUUAUUGUGCGACCGAGUCAUAGGAUGCACCAACAUUGUCUUGGAUCAAAUCCAUAUAACUUCUUCUGUUCCCGGAAAAACAGCAGAUGCGUCGUGCUUAAACGCUCAUGGCAAAAGCUCCCCAUCUAAUGUUCCUCAAGCUCAAUGCCUAUUGACCUGACCCUUCUUUUGCAGCUUCCAUAUUUGAAUGAUUUAAAAUACCUGGCUGAGCGGUUGCUUCAAAAUGUAUAAAUUGCCAUGUACUUCCU